AUGAUGCGCCGGGGGUCGUCCAACUCGCCUCGGCGGUCGCCUAGCAGAGGCAAGCACGAGUCGCCCAGCCGCCACGAAGGCCCGACCAAGGGCCGACACGACGAAGUCUCGUUCCGCCAAGCCACGACAACCAUCUCGUCGCGCCGGCCGCCGCCGCCGCGGAUGCUAUCGCGAGCCAACCUGCGGCUGCCGCUGAGCGACCAGUUGGCGGGGACGAUGCGGUCCUUCGAGAAAGGCCGGAUGCCAACAGGCAUGCGGUCGGACAAGGCGAUCAAGCUCCUCGGCGCCGACAAGCCCACCGGCAGUAUGGAGAUGCAUCGGAAACGCCCGAAGCGGCGGUCGCACACGCCCGCGUACGACAAGCGGUUCCGCGAUACGCAGAUCUUGGAGGGCGCGAGCAAGUUUGAAGGCCACGAGAACGAGUGGGAGAACUAUCUCCUCGGGAGCUUCAUUGGCGUCGCCAACGAGGUCAUGGCGCUGCGGAAGAAGCGAAAGGAACAGCUCGCCAAGUACGUCGUGCUGCCCGACAGCAGCUUUCGGAAAGUCUGGGACGCCGUAUUGAUUGUCUCGCUCUUGUAUGUCGCGAUCUUUCUGCCGCUGCAGCUCUCGUUCCUAAGCGACCUCAUGACGUACGAAGACCUGAGCAACUGGGCGCCCUUCUUCGCCGUCGACCGCCUCACGGACGCCAUCUUCUUGACCGACAUUGCGAUCAAUUUCCGGACGCCGCACACCACCCCGAAAGGCGACUUGGAGUUUGAUGCGCGGACCCGGGCGCACGAGUACCUCACGACGUGGUUCCCCAUCGACUUGAUCUCGAUCGUGCCUUUUGACUACUUCGCGACCUUCUUGCCGUCAGGCGGCGGCAACUCGAACCUCCUCAAGCUGCCACGGCUCCUCCGCAUGUUUCGCCUCACCAAAAUUCUCAAGAUCGUCGUGGCCAGUCGCAUCUUCAAGCGCUACGAAAUGCGCAUCUCGAUCAAGUACGGCUGGAUUCGCCUCAUCAAGUUUGCCGCCGGCAUCCUCCUUCUCACCCACUGGAUGGCCUGCUUUGUGUACUUGGUGGCCAUCAUGACGGCGCCGCAAGCGACGUGGCUCAGCACGGCUAGCCUCAACGGGGGCUUGACGUCCGAGCACUAUCUCGGCGACGCGUACAUUGCAGCCGUCUACUGGGCCGCGAUGACGAUCACGACGAUCGGAUACGGCGACAUUUACCCGGCCAACACGACGGAGCGAGCCUUGUUUGUCAUUAUGAUGUUUCUCGGCGCGUGCGUGUACGCGUACGUCGUCGGUACCAUGUGCCAACUCGUCGAGGGCCUCAACGUCAACACGCUCGAGUUCCAGCGCCGCAUGGACGAGGUCAACGACUUUCUGGACGUCAACAACAUUCCGCAGAACCUCCGCAUCCGCAUCCGCAAGUACCUCCUGUACAAGCGCGAUGCCAAGAUCGGCGACAUUGCCGAAGUCCUCCACUCGAUGAGCCCCGCGAUCCGGGACGAAGUCGCGCUCUUCAAGUUCCAGCACAUUCUGAGCUCCGUGCAUCAGUUUCGAGGCGCGCCCCCAGACUUUUUAGCCGCGAUCGCGCUCCGCCUCCAGAUGAUGGUGUACCCGCCCAACGAGAUGAUCAUGGUGUUUGGCCGCAUCGGCACGUCCAUGUACAUCAUCAACCGCGGGCGCUGCCAGGUCGAGCGCAUGGCCAGCGACGGCCGCAUCGUCGUCGUCAACGUGCUGCACGAAGGCGCGUACUUUGGCGAGCGCGGCCUCCUCUUCUCGGCCAAGCGCCGGGCGUCCGUGCGCGCGCUCUGCUUUGUCGAGGUGAGCUGUCUCACGCGGUCGGCGCUCGAGGACGUCACCAACAACUUUCCGUCUGUGCGCCGCAUCAUUCGCAAAAGCAUGGUGCGCGACGUGGUUGCAAGGAGCCUCGCGACCGGGGAGCUCGUCGCGCUGGGGCAGGACCCGGGUUUUCUCCAGCGACACAACCAGCUGCGCGAGCAGCUCGCGCAGCGCCACAACAAGUCUACCACCCACGACACGAGCGCGCCACCACCGAGUGCAUCGUCGACGACCGAGACACCCGCGCCCUCGCCAGAUCCAAAAAAUGACCAAGUGCCACCGACGGUGGGCGAGGAAGCCAGGUCCUCUCGACCGGUGCGUCGCCACCGAGGUUCGCUUCCAAGCACGAUAUCCGACACGCGCGUGUCGGUGCUGCCGCUAGAGAUGCCGUCGGGGCAAGGCCACGUGGAGGACGAGAAGGCCGACGAGUUCUCGAUGCCAACGGUCGCGCGUCUGCUCAAGCGCCGAACGCAGAGCGUGCGCUCGAACUUGGCCAAGGUGUCGCCGAUUCUGCCCAAGCAGGCCCGUAAGAACGCGUCCAAGAAGCACACCCAGACGAUCAUGGUCUCGGUCAAGCCGACGCAAGUGACGGCGGCGACGCGACUCCGCGUGUUGGAGCCACCGGCGCACCUGCACGUCGUGGAGCCAUCGCCGAUCCUGGACGACGGGCCCAGGAGCCUCUCGAGUCUGCGCAAGCUGAGUACGUGUGUGAUCCAUAGCAGCGUCGAGUCCUUGCGCAGCAACGCUGACUCGAGUCAGAGUGCCGCCGAGGACGAAGAUGCGAACGACGGAGACGACAGCUUUGACGAAGUCAAUGACGGCUUCUGCGACAUGGACGACACCGAGAUGGACGACGAAGACGAGCACGUGCCGCGCUGGGCGUCGCAGCUCCUCGAGGUCGUGGCCAACCAGCAAAGGAUGCUCAAAGCCAUGGCGGCGACGUUGGCGUCCGUCCAGCGCACGUCCAACGCGACGCACCGCGCGAUGCGCAGCUCCUCAACCCAACUCGAUGCGCUCGACGAAAGAACUUGCACGAGAUGUACUGCGCCAUCUAAGCUCCCACAAUAA